GUUCUACUAUCCUUGGUGAACGCCCGCCCAAGCGGAAAGGUCAAAUUUGAAAGGAGACAAAAGAGCAAUUAUCCACCCCCAUAUUCACCUGCUGACCCAAAAUACUUACCACAAGACUGGAAAGACGCUCUAGCAUCAGCGCAAGCAGCAGGAAAGAUUCCAGAUAUACCUUUAUCGACAGUAGAUAGUAAUGGAAACACCCAUUACCCUCCUGGCCCAUCAGCACAAGACAUUUGCAGUUGGACAACGACAAAAUGCUAUGGUCCAAACGAUGUCAAACAAGCACCAGAUAAUACUUGGAUCGUUGGCUUUGAUGAUGGCCCAACAAAUGCUUCUCCUGAUUUAUACAAUUUCUUGCAGUCCCAAAAUCAAACCGCCGUUCAUUUCAUGAUCGGAAGUAAUGUUCAGUCGCUACCUUCUGCUGUCAAGCAAGCUCAAAGUCUUGGCCAGGAGUUUGCCGUUCAUACUUGGUCACACAACAUGAUGACAACAUUGAGCAACGAAGUCAUCUUAGGAGAAUUAGGUUGGACGAUGCAAAUCAUUUAUGAUCUUACCGGUUAUCUUUGCACUUCCUGGCGUCCGCCACUAGGUGAUAAUGAUAAUCGUGUUCGCGCAAUUGCUGAAAAUGUUUUUGGAUUGAAAGCAGUCAUGUGGAAUGCAGAAUGUAAUGAUUGGUGCUUAGAUGGUCAUGGUGGCAGCGAAUGUCCUAAUGAAAAUCCGGGAAAAGAUUAUGGCAGUGUUGUUGCUGCCGUGGAAAAAGCGAUUCAAAAACCCAAAUCACCCGGAGUGAUUUUAUUGGAACACGAAUUGACGGGCGAAUCCGUUCAAAUAUUUAAAGAUGCAUUCCCGCAAAUCAAAGCAGCAGGAUGGAAUACACAAACACUGUCUGUGGCUUUGGGUAAGGACUGGUAUACAAACGCAAAGAAUGGCACUACCCCGCCUAUACCUGUCAAGGGAAUGACAGUGAGCGAGAAUACA